AUGUCAGCAGCAAAACAGCAAUCUGACAGCAGCCCUGCUCAUAACGUAGUAAAGCUCAAUCUGCUCAUUCUCUAUUGCUUCCUCCCAGUUGACCCUUUUCUUCCGGUACACCCCAGAGCGCCCAAAAUACACCAAGCCCAUCUGAUUUCUCUCCACCGUCUGCUAAGGGACUUUCUAAUUCGUCUUUCGUUGGAAACCUACGAAUCACGGUUUCACAAUGUGCACUUCGUUUUACAUACAGUAUACCUGUGGGUGCAGAAAAGAGAUGGAGUUCGUCCAGUGCGCCGAGCGUCAAGGGACGAAUGUGAAAUGCAAGCCUGUAAGGAAGGAGCCAGGCAAGGAUUCUACGAACUAUUGCAGAGGUCAUCUUGUGAAUCCUGA